AUGUCCUUUGUGCCACUGAUGCGCUCAAGCAGACGCAGGGCAACGCUCGGAGCCUUACCAUGGACAUCUUCGACCAGUGGGCCAACAUGGAAUCCACUGGGCAAUUCCGCUACACGCCCCCCCACACAUGCGAUCCUAGCCUUCAAGCAGGCCUUGGUGGAGUUUCAUGCAGAGGGCGGCAUGGACGCGCGCAAGGCUCGAUACCGUGCCACUGGUCCGAAGCCCGCGCGUGAGAUGCAGAAGAUGGGCUUCGAGUUCUAUGUGCCGGAGGCUUGCAGGUCCUAUUGCAUUUGCACCUUCAAGACCCCGGAGCAUCCGAAAUUUCAUUUCCAAACCUUCUACAAUCUGCUGGCGGAGCAGGGGUUUGUGAUCUAUCCAGGGAAGUUGUCAAAGGGCAACUCCUUUAGAAUAGGCAUCAUCGGCCGACUCUUCCCCAAGGACUGCGAGCUGCUGUGCUUGUCGGUCCGCAAGGCCUGCGAGGCGCUGCAGGUGCCACUGCCCCUAAGAUGA